UGCAGAAAGUAAUGAUUCCAGAAAUGAUUAUUCAGAAAGCAAUGUUUCAAAAAACAAUGAAGAUGACAAUGACCCACUUCCAGAAUUCUCAAAGGAAAGUGAAGAUUCUGGAGAUGAAUAUUUGAAUAACAAUGGUUCUGAAAAUGAUGAAAGCGAUGAACAAGAUAGUACUACUAGUGAAAAUGAUGAAGAUAGCUCUAAUAUAGGGACCGAUACAUUAAGUUUAUUUCUAGAAGAUGACUUUGAUGAAAAAUCAUCAAUUUCUAAAAAAUCAUAUAAAGGAAAAUUUAAGCAGAUAUCAUCAAUUGAAGAAGAAAUGAAUAUUGAUCAACCUUUAGAAGAAACACUACCAUUUGAUGUAUAUAAGCAAUCAGAUGAUGAUGAAAUUAUGACAAUACCCGAAGAAGAGCCAGAUGAUUCACCUUCCUCAAGUAGUUCUUCAAAUGAUUCAACUGAUUCUGCAAGUGAAUCUUCAACAGACUCACAAGAACAUAAACCUAUUAAUUUUAUUCUACCGGAAAUUGAUCCUAAAAUUUUUGAUUGA